AUGGCGGCAGAGAACUCUCCAGACUGCCCGCCCACGGCGAAGAGGUUCAUCCCUCUAGAGAACAACCCCGAGGUCAUGUCCUCGCUGGUCCACAAGCUAGGCCUCUCCAAGAAGCUCGCAUUCCACGAUGUUUUCAGUAUCGACGAGCCGGAGCUGCUUGCCUUUGUCCCGCGUCCCGCCUAUGCUCUCCUCCUCAUCUUCCCCGUGAGUGAGACAUACGAAAAGUUCCGCGUUCAGGAAGACAAAGACAAGCCCGAGUACGAAGGCCACGGCCCCGACGAGGAAGUCGUGUGGUAUAAGCAGACCAUUGGAAAUGCUUGCGGCCUGAUCGGCCUGCUUCAUGGUGUCUCGAAUGGCGCAGUACGCACACACAUCGAACCCAACUCGAGCCUGUCUAAGCUGCUAAGCGAUGCGAUACCUCUCAAACCUGCCCAGCGGGCGGACCUGCUAUACGAAUCCGAAGCUCUUGAGAGCGCCCACCAGACUGCCGCUGCUGGAGGCGAUACUGCCGCCCCAGCCGCCGAGGACAAGGUCGACUUGCACUACGUUUGCUUUGUGAAAUCGCAAAACAACCGUCUGUGGGAGAUGGAUGGCAGGCGCAAAGGACCUCUCGACCGUGGCGAGCUCUCUGCGGACGAGGAUGUGCUCAGUGACAAAGCGCUCAAUCUCGGCGUUCGCAGCUUCCUCAAGCGCGAGGCAGAGGCUGGAGGAGGAGAUCUUCGGUUCUCGCUGAUCGUCCUCGCUGAGUCUCUCGACUGA